GCACCGCUUGUCUAUCAUUCGUUCCUAUAUUCCGUAUGCUCCAUUAAAUAGGUGUUUUUAUAUCAAAUUCAUGCAUAUUCGUUUGACUUUGUUGAUCAAUUUGUAAGGAUAAAUCAUUUCGACAAAAUCAGUAUAAGAGCCUUAAAUGGCUAUGAUAGUAGAGUAAUCGAGCUUCAGGUGAUGGAGUGUAUAGUAUUAAAUUCAUCGUUAAUCUCGCGCGAGAAGAAAAAAUCGGUCAACGACUUUCAGUCGGCGUGCAUACGGUGAGAAGAACUGAACACACGCGCCAUCACUAUAUUAUUGCGUAAGGCCAAAAUUGGCCCAUCAAAAAAAUGUUAAGCUGUGGUAGAGUUAUUGAACAAUUGUCGAAAGUAACAAGACACGCACAUGUUAAUCAUUCCUAUCGAGCUUUAAAAUAUGUUGGCAUUUUCAGUGUUAAUAGAUUGUGGUAUAGUAAUAAUGCAAAUAAUAAGAAGCCAUAUAAGUCACCGGGUACUACAAUAAAACCAGAGGAAUGUGUACCUGAGUUCAGGUAUUCUAAACCAAAGAGACCACUUCCAGCUUGUGAAGCUCAAAAUGGAGGUACUUGUCCGCCUACUUGUAGACCAGAUUAUAGACAAGAAGAUGGUAACGGAAAGAAUGGUAAAUUUCCAAAUUGGAAACAUUUACUGGCCACCUUGAUCAUAACAGGAGUGACUAUAUAUGCGAUAUCUUCUACGGAAUGGUUUACGGAUAAAUUUGGCUCACAGUCUGACACAAAAAAAAAAAAAGAUACAGUGAAAAGAGAUAAAAGAUCAAAGGAUGUAGUAAAAUCUCCGGCUGUAUCUAAAUCAAUACCUCAAGAAGUACCUUACUUAUUGAUAGGUGGAGGAACUGCUGCAUUUUCAGCAUUUAGGUCAAUUAAAUCUAGGGAUCCCAAAGCUAAGGUUUUAGUAAUAAGUGAGGAAGAAAUUUUACCAUAUAUGAGGCCACCAUUAUCUAAAGAACUAUGGUAUAAUACAGAUAGGGGAACAAGUGCUAAAUUGAAUUUUAAACAGUGGAAUGGAACUCAGAGGAGUCUUUUUUAUGAACCACGUGAAUUUUAUACAAAUGUUGAUAAGUUAAUGCAAUUAGACAAAGGUGGAGUAGCUGUAGCAACAGGUUGGAAAGUAACUAAACUUGAUGCUACAAAUAAAAUUGCUAUUCUUGAAGAUGGUUAUGAAAUCAAGUAUGAUAAGUGUCUUAUAGCAACAGGUGCUUCGCCUAAAAAUCUUCCUAUAUUUGAAUCUGCUCAGGAUGAAGUAAAAAAUAAAAUUAUAGCUUAUAGAACAGAACAAGAUUUUCUUGAAUUAGAAGAAAAUAUUCACAAUCCUAAUUGUAAAAAUAUAGUUAUUAUUGGAGGUGGUUUUCUUGGCUCUGAGCUAGCUUGUUCACUUGCGAGAAAUUAUCAAGAUAAAAAGAUUAUCCAAAUUUACAAGGAAAAUUACAUAAUGGCUCAAGUAUUACCUGAGUAUUUGAGUGAAUGGACAACAAAGAAAGCUAUUGCAGAAGGGGUAAAUUGUAUACCAAGUGUAGAGGUUGCGGACUUUUCGUACAAAAAUGAGAAACUCAGUCUUAUCCUAUCAGAUGGCAAUAUUAUUGAUGCAGAUCAAGUGAUAGUAGGUAUAGGAGUUGAAGCAAACACAGAUUUGGCAACAUCUUCAGAAUUAGAAAUACAUCCUACUGUAGGAGGUUUUCUUGUUAAUGCCGAAUUAGAAGCAAGAAGUAAUCUUUGGGUUGCUGGAGAUGCUGCAUGUUUUUAUGAUGUUAGAUUGGGUAGACGAAGAGUGGAACACCAUGACCAUGCUGUAAUUUCUGGUAGAUUAGCUGGAGAAAAUAUGACCGGUGCAGGAAAACCUUAUUUGCAUCAGUCUAUGUUCUGGUCUGAUUUAGGACCAGAGGUUGGAUAUGAAGCAAUUGGUAUUAUAGAUUCAUCUUUGCCAACUGUAGGAGUAUUUGCAAAGGCAACAGAAGCGGAUACACCAAAAGCAGCUCUUAGUGAAUCUACAGAUGAAGAGAGAGCUAUAGCACAGACAGAAACAGAAAAGACAGAAGAAAAAAAUUUGCAAAGUGACACACCAUCUUUAAAUUCAGAAAAUGAAAAUAAAAAUAUGGAAAAGGAAUCUAAAAAACAUAGUGACUUUGAGAAAGGUGUUAUAUUCUAUUUACGAGAUGAUGUUGUGGUUGGCAUUUUACUUUGGAAUAUAUUUCAUCGUAUGUCCAUAGCUAGACAGGUAUUGGCAAGAGGUACAAAAUAUGAUGAUCUAAAUGAAGUAGCGAAACUAUUUUCUAUUCAUGAUGACUAAUGACAUUGACUGCAGUUUGUGUUACAGAAAAUGGAACGUCUAAUGAAAUUUCUGAAAGUAAUUUGCGACCUGCUUCAUAACUACAUAAUUGUGAUAUAAAGCAUAAACAAUGAAGAUAAGUAAUUAUUUCUAUUGUCUCUCCAGAAAUACAUGCUUCUAUGGGUUCAUCACAAAUAGAAAUAGAUGUGUAUAUAGAUGAUUUUUUCAAGCCUUUGCCAAUGCAUUGUAUAGCAUAUUGAAGUAAACUUGGUGAUUUAGAUAAUAUAAAAAUAAAUGUUUUUCUAGUAGCAAAACUGUGAGUCCACCUUUUACUCCAGUCAGCUUGUGGAUCCAAUGCAGCAAUAAUAUUUAAUGUAGACAAUGUUUUAACUUGCAUCGAAUUACCAAACAUAUGAGUACUUAGAAAUAUUAUGAAUUGUUCUAUUAUUUCUUCUACACUUUUGUCAAUAUUUCUUAUGCUCUUUAACAAUUCUUCUUGAUAAUGUAUUAUCAAGUACAUAAUGCGAAUUAUUUUCUCAUGUAAAAAAAAUUUGAAAUUAAUUCCAGAUAUUAACGAAGGUAACAUUUCGUGUACUUUUUGUGCAUGAUACUGAGCAUUAAAAGCACUCAAUACAUUAGUAUACGCAUUAUAUGCCUUUGGACAACUUAAUAACCUAGCAUAAACUUGUAAACUAGCUUCGAAUAUAGCACGAUUUUCACCCAUGAGACCAUCUUUUAAAGUAUUUUGAAGGAUAUCCCAUUGUGAGAUAGCUGUUACAUUUGUCAAAUCACUUUUUAAUAAUAUCUCAUAGCCUGCUAAUCUUACAUGUACAGGUUUAUCAGAACUUAUUCUAUCUAUAAUAUAAUUGUAUUGAUCUUCAAUGUUUUUAGGAGAAUUCCAUUCUUCUACAGUUAAAUCACUCACAAAAGAAGCGGAUGACUGAGAAUGAGAUUCCGUUGAUGCAAUGUCAUCAGAUUUUGAAUCUGAAUUGUGUUCAAUAAUUGCCGUUUUCAUAGAAUUUAUUAAAACUUGCAUUUCUUUAGAAUGUAUAAUUCUAUCUGCAAUUUCUGAAGAAUCUUGAUUCUCUUCUAAAUUAUCAUUAAUUACUUUGUCAAAUUCCUUUUUUAUACACUUCUUUAUCCAUUUGUUAAUAUUUGGCGACGUCAUUCGUUUAUCCAUUAAUGUAAAAUCACCUGAAUUUCUUUAUAUACUGAAGUUUUAACAAUGAAUAUCCAUGUUCUAUCCUUGACAAUAAUUUGUAUACACUAACUUAUAUAUAUAUGUAUGUAAUAUACUUAUACACAUGUGAAUCUUUUGAUUUGAUUCAGUUACUAUGGUAACCAUAGUAGAAAUAAACACAAUAAAAGUAUAUUCAUACAGGGAGAGAAUAAAAAUAAUUCAAACAUUAUCUUUAAUAACAAAUCAAAUUAUAUAUAAUUUUUUUUAGAUCAUUAUAAAUCGCAUAUUUUUUUCAUAAAAGGAUAUUUUUUUUACGAUCUUACAUUUUUUCACAUAAUAUACGAAUAUAUGUUUCAUAAAUGUAUUUAACGUAUAGGUACUAUGAUAUUUGGAGAUUUUGUUCGUAAGAUAUGAAUACCACCUUGUAAAGAACAUAUUCCCGUAACACCACAUUUUACAAGAAAGUCCGCAAACUAAAAAAAGAUUAACAAACUUCGUAUUAUGAUCAAUUAUAUUUUUUUAUAUAAUAUCUAUAAAACUUUUAUAUAUUUACCAGCGCAUUAUUUUGAUCAUGGGGUCCUAUAAUAACAACUAUACAAUUUUUAUUAUCUACAAGAGGUUUAGCAUGAGGUCCAAGAGUAUCAAUAUUCGUUUGAGAAAGUUGCACACUUGUGAAAGGAAUAUUAAUACUUCCUAUUACAGCUCCUCUUUCAAAUCUAUUAAUAAAAUCAUUAUUUUUAUAUUAAUAUAAAUAAUAUUACAUUAUAUUAUAAAAUAUAUAUUUUAUAUUUAUUCUUUAAUGUACUCACUGUAUGUUAUUUCGUACAUCUACAGCUAUUACUUUAUCAGGAUUAUUAUUUAAUAGAUUUAAAAAAUCAUCUACACUUAUUCUUGGCAUUUUUUCAGUUCCAGGCUCAGGAUCUGUCCAAUUCAUUUCCUAACAUUUAAAAUAAUCAUAUUAUAAUAAAAAUUUAAGAGAACAUACGAUAUAAUAUACAUAUAUAUAUUUUCAUUUUUGUACUUUUAAUCUAUUAAAUUGAUGCUUUCUGUAUGUUA